CGCGUUGAGACGCACGCCGCGGGGUGAAGGCCGCCACGCCGUGGUGUGUGGUGGGAUCAGGGUCAUUUGGUGCGGGAACGCGAGGCGGGGAUGAGUGACCCGUGGAGGCAGUAAAGGCCAGGGAGACGCGAUUCCCCAGGAUCCAGGCUGCAGCCAGAGUUGGUGCUCUGGCAACAGGUUGUGUAAGAAAUGAAGCCAACAGGUACAGACCCAAGGAUUUUAUCUCUAGCUGCUGAAGUUGCAAAAAGUCCUGAGCAGAAUGUUCCUGUUAUAUUGUUGAAGUUAAAAGAAAUAAUAAAUGAUACACCUUUAGGAAGCUCAGAAUUGAAGAAAAUCAAACAAGAUAUAUAUUGUUAUGACCUCAUUCAGUAUUGCCUUUUGGUUCUCAGUCAAGAUUGCUCUCGAAUCCAGGGUGGUUGGACUACAAUUUCCCAGCUUACACAGAUAUUAAGCCAUUGCUGUGUGGGCUUAGAACCUGGAGAAGAUGCAGAGGAAUUUUAUAAGGAAUUACUUCCAUCAGCUACAGAAAAUUUUCUAAUUUUGGGAAGACGAUUGCAAACAUGUUUUAUCAAUGCAGCUAAGGGUGAAGAAAAGGAUGAAUUACUACACAUUUUCCAAAUUCUGACUGAUUCUCUCUUCUGGCUAUUGGGAGGCCAUGUUCAACUCAUACAGAACGUACUACAAAGUGAUCAUUUCUUACACUUACUGCAAACUGACAAUGUUCAAAUAGGAGCUACACUUAUGACUCUGCUACAGAAUAUACUACUGAUCAACAGUGGUGAUUUACUCAGAAUAGAAGGAAAAAUCUUGCAUUCAAUUUUAGAUGAAGUUGUCUUCAAGCUGUUAUCAACUCCUAGUUCAAUCAUAAGAAGUACUGCUACAAAACUCCUGCUGUUGAUGGUUGAAUCCCAUCAGGAAAUUUUGAUUUUACUGAGACUAAGUGCCUGCUACAAAGGACUCAGAAAUCUGCUAAACAAACAGGAAAGUGGGACAGAAUUUAGUCAACAACUUAGUCAGCUCGUUGACCUUUUAAGCCCUAAGAUCUAUAAAGAAGUGGAAGAACAGAAACUACAUCAAGCAGCUUGCUUGAUUCAAGCUUAUUGGAAAGGUUACCAAACUAGAAAGAGAAUGAAGAAGCUUCCAUCUGCUGUGAUUGCUUUGCAGAGGAGUUUCAGAUCUAAAAGAACAAAGAAAUUGCUGAAACUAAAUAGGGAGAAAGAAGAAGAGGCUAUCAGAUUACGACUGCAGCUUCAAAGACAGAGAGCCAUGAGAGUUUCCCGAGAAUUACGGCUGAGUAUGCUUGAAAUAGUUCAUCCAGGUGAGGUGGAGAAAUACAAUCGAGAAAUGGAAGAGAAAGCAGCAUUGAUUAUCCAGAAACACUGGAGAGGGUACAGGGAAAGGAAAAAUUUUCGCCAGCAGAGGCCAUUUCUCACAGAGUAUAAAGCAGCCAUCACACUUCAAAGAGCAGCUCUUAAAUUCCUCGCAAAGUGCCGUAAGAAAAAGAAGUUAGUUUCUCGUUGGCAAGGACUCCAAGAACUCACCGAUGCACGCAGAGUUGAGCUGAAGCAACGAGUGGAUGACUAUGUCAGAAGACAUCCAGUCUCUCAGAUGUCAGAUGUGGCCAGCAGGGAGCUCCAUGCUGAAGCUCAAGAGCAACUACAGCACUACUUUAUGGGCAGGGCCCUAGAAGAGAAAGGCCAACAGCACAGAGAGGCUCUGAUGGCUCAGAUCAGCACCAAUAUUGAACAGUUGAUGAAGGCACCAACUCUGAAUGAAGCAGAAGGGAAAGAACCUGAGCUCUUCCUAAGUCGAUCCCGACCUGUGGCAGCCAAGGCCAGGCAGGCCCAUCUCGCCACCCUAAAGCACAUACAAGCACCCUGGUGGAAGAAACUUGGAGAAGAACCGGGAGAUGAAAUUGAUAUUCAAAAGGAUGAGAUUAGUGUCGAGUUAGGAACUUUGUUCAUUGGUGGGACCAAACCCCCUUAAGAGUUACCUUGAAAACUGACCCAUAUCUUUUGUUUCAAUUACAUGGGUUCUCUGGUGUGUUCAUAGACCAGGGUUCCUCUCCAAACAAGACUUACACGCAGUAAGCAAAGAGUUAUUUUCUACCUCUCUUUCUCAGUUCUCUUUUUCUUUUCUCUACACCCUUGUCCCUGGCUAUACAUACAGAUUUGUGUGGCUUUCGUUGUGGAAAAAAAACUCAGCAUGGCAUUCUGUUGUUUACAAUAUUGUGAGAUUUUUUUUCCCGUUUUUGAAGUUUUCCAACUAAAGUUUUUUCUAAGUAAAUAUUGUCAAUAAUUGUUCCAAAACACUUGUCAGGAUUAUUUCAACUUUUUACAUUUGUUAUUUAGAGUUCUUUCCUUUUAUUAAUAAAAGAGGCUGUGUUCUUGGCCUUUAUUGAAGUGAGGGAAAAAAGUGAUUAGUUGAAGGACAUUUCCCUAUUUUCUAUACAACAAUGGUUGACUCAUUUUCAGAAUUUUUAUUUUAAACAGAACUACACACACACACACACACAAAUCCAACUAGGACUCAAUGUAAGAACUUCUCCAGCUAAAAUUGUGUUCUUUGUAGUGAAUUGUGAGAACUAUAUAACCCACGGCCUCUCGUUAGCUUUUCUCCUGGGAAUCACAGCUAAAUAUAAUGUUUAAUUUUUGUUGUGAUCCUAUAUACCUAUGUGAUUAUUUGGUUCUAACAUAAUAAUUCAUAAUAUCAUAUUGCCCUGUUCACCUUAAUUGUGUUUUAUACCAGAAGCCACCUCAAUUUGUGUUUGUGACAGUACAGAAUUCAAGUUAAAAUGAGCUAACAAAUCAUAACAUCCCAUCAUAAGGAACCUGGAGGAUGUUCUUUGUAUAAAUGAGUGGAAAUACCAGUAUUUCUGAAUGGACAGGCCAAAUUUAAUUCAUAAUUAGAAAAGAAAUGUAUAAAAUCCACCCAUAAGAAUAAGCAGUUGAGAGUUCUACUUUCACAUAGAAUAUAGAAAACUCACAAGAGGGUUACUCCCACUUUACCAACAAAAAAAAUUCCAGACAACCUACACAGUUUUUUUUUUUUUUUAAACCUAUCAGAUAGGUGAGGCUUCAAGCCAGUCAAGUAAACUGAGACACAGACUCUGUUUGUGAAAUAAGGUAUUUCAUUUCACAAUUCAAAAUUAAACAUCUGGGUGGUCGUGAACAUGGUACCCUUACCCUGUGGGAUCAGGAAACAGCAUUCUCCUGGCACAUCAAUAUGCUCACCAACCAGGAAGCCCAACUGCAAUGGUGUUCAGAGUUUUCGUUGGGAUUUCAUUACAUAGGUAUGAUUGAGUCAUUGGUCAUUUAGUAGAGUGUAAGGGAAAAAUGCAGCCAGGUAAGAAGAAAUCACUUAUUUUAAAUUCUUAAAAGCCAAAUAUGGGCUAGCAUGUUUACUUAGGCUAGCUGGGAGCUUCAGAAAGGGAAUUUGGACCUCUGCCAAAUCACAGGAAAGUUUGCAGCAAGGUCUAAAGAGACCCACUUAGUGGCACAAAACUAGGUGAUAGACUGCCACUGGGUGAUGUACCCAGCGCCCCACCUGCUUCUCCAAACUCUUCUCUUAAAACCCUUAAGCUGCGUGAGCAAAAAAAGCAAGCUUUCUUACCUCCAAGGCUUAGGCCUUGGAUUCCACUGCAUAUAAGGAAAGAAUGGAGGAGGGAGGGGAGAUAGGAAACACUAAGCUAUGGACAUAAUCAGAAAUUCUGUGAGCCUGCAGGAGGGGUAGAAACCAAAACCCUUCAUCCUGAAAGAGGGAUAGGAAAUCAUCUUUGACAAAAAUCUUAUGCCAGUACAGUUAGCAGAGGUCUGCUAAUGCUGUGGAGGAAACUUCUGUCCGGACUAAUGACAGAAGCAAGGCAGUUUGGUUGCCAUGAAAUAAGUAGCAUCCUUGAGAAAGCCCCACACCCAAUCACAAGCAGAAAGCUGGCUUAAGAUUUAGGCUGGAUCAGGACACCACCUCCACCUUGACCCAACAACUCACCUAGCACCAAGUAGUAAGCAAUUUCCAUUUACUGCUAAAAUAGAUAAAGUGCAUGCGAAGGGCUUGUCUGGGGCAAAGGCAUACAGGAAUGGCUGAAUGUGGGGGAUGGGGGACUGCCGCCUGCACGGCCAGCACCCCAUACGGGUGCCAUUUCAAGUCCCAGUUGCUCUUUUUGCAAUCCAGCUCCCUGAUAAUGCACCUGGCAAAGCAGUGGAAUUUGGCCCAAGCACUUGGGCCACUGCACCCACACGGGAGACCCGGAAGAAGCUCCUGGCUACUGGCUUCCGUCUGGUCCAGCCCCAGCCACUG